CAGUUUUGAGUUAAUAAAAAGUCUGAGUACAGCGGAGGAACAGCCAACUCUCUCCUCUCCUCCUACGCACCAGAACUGUGGCAUGGGUGACGGGAUGCGCUGUGUGUUUUCAGGCAUGGGUGACGGGAUGCGCUGCGGCUGUGCUAUGUCCAAAGUCUGGGUCUUCGUCUUGCUAGUGAGCGUCACCUGCCGUCUGAGCCUUUCCCAGACCCCAGCAGUAACCACUACAGAACCCCUAAAAGAGGCGGAGCUAAAUGACAACAUCACCAUCUUUACCCGAAUAUUGGACAGACUGCUGGACGGCUAUGACAACAGGCUACGUCCUGGUCUGGGAGAGAAGGUGACCGAGAUCAAGACCAACAUAUUUGUGACCAGCUUCGGUCCCGUUUCUGAUACUGAAAUGGAGUACACCAUAGAUGUGUUCUUCAGACAGAGCUGGAAGGACGAACGUCUGCGUUUCCAAGGCCCCAUGAAGAUGUUACCGUUAAACAACCUCCUGGCGUCUAACAUCUGGACCCCAGACACCUUCUUCCUCAACGGGAAGAAAUCUAUCGCCCACAACAUGACUACGCCCAACAAACUUCUCAGACUCAAAGACGACGGGACACUGCUCUACACUAUGAGGUUAACCAUCUCAGCAGAAUGCCCCAUGCAGUUAGAGGACUUCCCCAUGGAUGCCCACGCCUGUCCUCUGAAGUUUGGAAGUUAUGCGUAUCCUGUGUCUGAGGUGGUGUAUUCGUGGACCCAGGGAGCAGCCAAGUCAGUGGUGGUGGCAGAGGAGGGGUCACGACUCAACCAGUAUCAUCUGAUAGGACAGACCGCUGGCACUGAGGACAUCUAUACUAGCAGAGGUCAGUACACAGUGAUGAUGUGUCACUUCUAUCUGAAGAGGAAGAUUGGCUAUUUCGUCAUCCAGACCUACAUGCCCUGCUUCAUGACCGUCAUCCUCUCCCAGGUGUCCUUCUGGCUCAACCGCGAGUCUGUCCCCGCCAGGACUGUCUUCGGUGUGACCACCGUGCUGACCAUGACCACUCUUAGCAUCAGUGCCCGUAACUCUCUGCCCAAGGUGGCGUAUGCCACAGCCAUGGACUGGUUCAUAGCAGUCUGCUAUGCCUUCGUCUUCUCUGCUCUCAUUGAGUUCGCUACCGUCAACUACUUCACAAAGAGGAGCUGGGCCUGGGAUGGGAAGAAAGCCAUGGAGGAUACGCGUAAGAAAAAAAACCCUACGGCUCUGUCCAAGAAACCCAACAACACCUGUUCAUCUGGGGUCAGCUACACUCCCAACCUGACUAAGGACAAUGCCAUCUCCACCAUCUCCAACAGCGCAGACAUCCAGCUGAAACUGGCUGAGGUCAAGACCCCCGACCCCAAAAAGACUUACAACAGCGUCAGCAAGAUCGACAAGAUGUCCCGUAUAGUGUUUCCUGUUCUUUUUGGGACAUUCAACCUGGUUUACUGGGCUACGUACCUCAACAGGGAACCAGUGAUCAAAGGAGCUGUGAACCCCUAUACAUAGAAGGAGAAGGCCAGGGAAGUGUUACCUAUGGAGUGCAUUACUUUUGAUCAGGGCACAUGAGGUUAGGGUUAGGUUUAGAGUUAAGGUUAGGGUUAAGGUUAGGGUUAAGGUUAAGGUUAUGGUUAGGGUGUAGGUUAAGGUUAGGGUUAGGUAGAGUUAGAGUUAGGGGCUCUGGUCAAAAGUAGGGCAUUUUAUUAUAUUUCUGGAAUAGCGUGCCAUUUGUGACAGAGUCUCCUGUUUCACCCCAUUACACUAUACCACUACACUAUACCACUACACUAUACCCCUACACUACACCACUACACUAUACCAUUACACUAUACCACUACACUAUACCAUUACACUAUACCACUACACCACUACACUAUACCACUACACUACACCACUACACUAUACCAUUACACUAUACCACUACACCACUACACUAUACCACUACACUACACCACUACACUAUACCAUUACACUAUACCACUACACCACUACACUACACCACUACACUACACCACUACACCACUACACUAUACCACUACACUACACCUCUACACCACUACACUAUGCCACUACACUAUACCACUACACUACACCACUACACUAUACCACUAUACCACUACACCACUACACUACACCACUACACUACACCACUACACCACUACACUAUACCACUACACUACACCUCUACACCACUACACUAUACCACUACACUACACCUCUACACCACUACACUAUGCCACUACACUAUACCACUACACUACACCACUACACUAUACCACUAUACCACUACACCACUACACUACACCACUACACUACACCACUACACCACUACACUAUACCACUACACUACACCUCUACACCACUACACUAUGCCACUACACUAUACCACUACACUACACCACUACACUAUAGCAUUACACUAUACCACUACACUAUACCACUACACUAUACCACUACACUACACCACUACACUAUACCAUUACACUAUACCACUACACUACUACACUAUACCACUACACUACACCACUACACUAUACCACUACACUAUACCACUACACUAUACCACUACACUAUACCACUACACUAUACCACUACACUAUACCACUACACUAUACCACUACACUACACCACUACACUAUACCAUUACACUAUACCACUACACCACUACACUAUACCACUACACUACACCUCUACACCACUACACUAUACUACUACACUACACCACUACACUACACCACUACACUAUACCAUUACACUAUACCACUACACUAUACCACUACACUACACCACUACACUAUACCAUUACACUAUACCACUACACAAUACCACUACACUACACCACUACACUAUACCAUUACACUAUACAACUACACUAUACCAUAACACUACUCCCCUACACUAUUCCACUACACUACACCACUACACUAUAGCAUUACACUAUACCACUACACUAUACCACUACACUAUACCACUACACUAUAGCAUUACACUAUACCACUACACUACACCACUACACUAUAGCAUUACACUAUACCACUACACUAUACCAUUACACUAUACCACUACACAAUACCACUACACUACACCACUACACUAUACCAUUACACUAUACAACUACACUAUACCAUAACACUACUCCCCUACACUAUUCCACUACACUACACCACUACACUAUAGCAUUACACUAUACCACUACACUAUACCACUACACUAUAGCAUUACACUAUACCACUACACUACACCACUACACUAUACCACUACACUAUACCACUACACUACACCACUACACUAUAGCAUUACACUAUACC